AUGCGAGUUCUGGAUCUUCCCUUUCUAUUGGUGAAUUCAUUCCUUCGUCUUUGUGAAACACUAUCGACAUCGCAUCCAGAGCUAUUUUUUGGAAAGGGGUUUGGAUUUCCAAAUCAAGGAGUUUGGUUCCACCUAUCUAUGAAAGUGUUUAUUCUUCUCUCCUCCCUAAAAUCGCUGAAGCAUCGUAGUUUGGAGUUCUUGAAUCGUGUUGGAAUGUUCGACAACCGGUUGGGAGCUAUUUUUGCAAGUCUUGAUUCCCAAAAUUCUUCCAUCGGAAAAGUUAAAGUUGUGAUUGGCUUGAAGUUGACCAAUGGAGGUUGUCCUUUAAACCCCAUCAGCCAAUCACAAUGCAGUGAUUCUGGCGUACAUCGGAGAGAAAUUUAUUUAGCACCAUAUCGUUUACUUCUAGAAAAAAAGCGUUUUCUUGUAAAUAGUGGUGGUGGUGCUGCUUCAAAGAACAAGGCAAUUCAAAAACCUUCAGAGGGUGUUUUCAGCUAA